AUGUCUGAUACAACACAGGAGAACGAUCAUAGUAAUAAUAGUAGUAGUACAUUUAGUGAAGACACAACACAAAUUUCAACAAGGUCACAUUCACAAGAAAUUAACACUAUAAAAAUUGUCAUUAACGAUGAUAAUGGACAUAAUCAUGAAAAAUCAGAAAUAAAGCCUCCUUCCCCAUCUGCCGGUGAAAAUGUAGAUGACCAAACGACACUGCUACCAUUUAAACAAUUACUCAUCGUCUUUAUGGGACUAUCAUUAGCCAUAUUCUUAUCGUCACUUGAUCAAACGAUUGUUUCUACCGCGUUGCCAAAGAUUGCAUCGGAUUUUCAUGCCUUAUCGGAUAUUUCGUGGGUGGGAACAGCAUAUCUCUUGACAUCGACAGCAUUCCAACCACUCUAUGGAAAAUUUUCGGACAUUUUCGGUCGUAAAUCUUCCUUUCUAUUUGCGAUCAGCACAUUUGUUGUCGGAUCAGUGUUAUGUGGUGCUUCGGUAGAUAUGCCAAUGUUAAUUGUUAGUCGAGCGAUUGCUGGUAUAGGAGGAGGUGGAAUCAUGUCUUUGGUAAUGAUUAUUAUCUCUGAUAUUGUCCCUUUAAGAGAACGUGGCAAAUAUCAGGGAAUUAUCGGUGGAACUUUUACCAUUUCAUCAGUUGUUGGUCCUUUAAUUGGAGGUGCAUUCACUGAUCACAUUUCUUGGAGAUGGGCGUUUUAUAUUAAUUUACCGACUGCUGCAUUAACCAUCAUAAUUAUUAUUACGAUGCUUCAUUUGCCGCAUGUUUAUGGAUCACUUAAAGAAAAAAUAAAACGUAUAGAUUUCAUCGGAACAAUAUUCCUUGUCGCCUCAAUUGUCAUCAUUUUAUUACCACUCAAUUGGGGUGGAAAUACUUAUUCGUGGGAUUCACCGAUCGUAAUUUCAUUGUUUUGCGUUGGUGCAGUUCUCGUUUGUGUAUUCAUUUUCAUCGAAUUCCGAAUCGCUAUCGAACCAGUUAUUCCACAACAUCUAUUUAAGCUCAGAAAUCCAGUUCUAGUUUAUAUUACAAGUUUCUUUAUCGGAAUGGCAUUUUACGGCUUCAUUUACUAUCUGCCACUAUAUUUUCAAGCUGUUCGAGGAUACUCGGCCACCGAAGCUGGCCUACAAUUAAUCCCAUUGGUACUUGGCCUCGUGUUAUUCUCCACUGUAUCCGGGUUUGCAACAACAGUAACAGGUUCUUACCGUCCUUGGAUUAUUUUCGGAUACGGGCUAACAACAGUCGCCUCCGGAUUAUUAAGUACACUAAAUGAAAAUUCAAAUCGUGGGGAAGAAAUCGGAUAUCUCUUAAUCGCUGGAGCUGGUCUCGGAUGCUCAAUGCAAACCGUAUUAUUAGCAGCCCAAUCUUCCGUAGAACAUAAAGAUAUCGCCGUGGUAACUUCACUCUCGAGUUUUUUCCGAACAAUUGGCGGUGUUUUCGGUGUCGCAAUCUCCGGCGCAAUUUUCAAUAACAAACUCUCGUCAUAUCUGAUUGAUACUUUGCCUUCAAACAUCCCACUGGAAUUGGUGAAAAACUCGGUGGAAUAUAUCCAUACUUUACCUCCUGAUACACAAACAUCUAUUAUUCAUGCUUAUGUGCAUGCAUUAAGUUACGUUUUUUUUGUUGCGAUACCGAUGGCUGGUGUUGCCACUAUUACUAGUUUAUUUAUUAAGCACAUACCGUUACGAAAGACAUUGGGUCCUAUUAUAGCUGAAUAA